UAUAUCGUACCAUGUUUUCGUUCCCAAAACUGCCCGGCCGGUCCCUUUGUGGAAAUGUGACGUCAGCCUUAACUGAGCUUACCUAGGCAAAGUUCACCUUCACCUUCUAUACUGAAGGUGAAGGCGAAGGUUCGUGAUUAAUCAAGGUUCGUUUGACAUGUAUUGAGCUCCCAGAAACGAACUUGCAUUGAAGUAUCAAUGGUCAUAGAAUUACAAGAUUUUAACGACGUUAAAGAUUAACCCGAUGUGACGAUAUCCCGCCAGAGGUGACGGUCUUUCAGAUGAACUUGUGUCGGCGAUCAUAGAAUUACGGCAUUCAUACACUGGCACUUCUCCUGAUUUAUUAUGCAUUUAUGAUGUUUGUUGAUGUACUCAAGCUCCCAGUUGCAGGUCGUAUUUGCUCGGUUUAAUGUGCAACUGGCUGGCAAACAUUAUUAUCUUUAUCUACGUGCAAAGACGCGCCGCGCGCGUUUCACGAAGACAGUGCGGGUCCCAUCGGCUUCAGUACUCUUCUUUUCUCCAACGACUGUUCUGGAGAGCUUCUGGCAGACAUGGCCGGGCGGGUGGUCGUGCUGACCGGAGGCUGUGGUUACGUCGGCAGCCGCAUGGUGGCGAAGAUGGCAGGAGAAGAGACAGGUGUGCGCGAGCUCCGAGUGGUGGACGUCAACACCAGGGGCUAUCGGGCACCUGAACCUACAAACGGGCUGAAGAUACAGGUGAUGCAGGGGGACAUUCAGGACGAGGCCCGGAUGCUGGAGGUCUGCCGGGGGGCCGACGUCGUCAUCCACACCGCGGCGCUGCUGGACUUCAUGGGGAAGUUUCCCGACCAGGUCACGUGGGACGUCAACGUCAAGGGUACGGAGGUGAUGCUGAGGAGUUGUCUGGCGGCGGACGUGCCCUUCUUCAUCAACGUCAGCAGCGUCGAGGCAUUCGGGCCGAACCGGCGGGGAGACCCGGUGACGGAGGGGGACGAGGACACGCCCUACGACAGCUCCACCCACUCCUUCUUCUACGCCACCACCAAGGCAGAGGCAGAGGCCAGGGUGCUGCGGCACGACGGCAGGAAGACAGCCGGGGGCAAGACGCUCCGCACCUGCUCGCUCCGGCCCAUGGGCAUGUACGGAGAGGGGCUGAUGAACCUUUUCGUGGACAUCGAGAGGGCGAUCGCAAACAAGCAGUCCACCUACGCCAUCGCCAAUGACAAGACCCAACGAUGCACCUUCGUGUACCUAGACAACUUCCUCCACGCGCUCCGACUCACCCUGGACAAAAUCGUCACCGCCCCGGACAUCGUCGGCGGGCAGGUCUACUUCAUAAGCGACGACACGCCCAUCAACAAUUACGUGGACCACCGUAAGAACUUUCUGAUGGCGAUAGGUUUCACUCCGGAAGAGAAGCCGUUCUUACCGAUCCGUGUGCUGUAUGCGCUCGGGCUAGUGUUCGAGUUUAUCCGGUGGGUCCUCUCCCCUGUCUAUAACUUCCAGCCGCCCUGGACCUCCGGCCUCAUCCUGGUGUCCAACACCACCAUGUGUCUGAGGUACGACAAGGCCACAAGGCAUCUCGGGUACAAGCCCGUGGUACCAUGGGAAGAGGCCAAGAGGCGCACGGUGGAGUGGAUCGUGGCAUACUGGGCAUCACGACAGGGUGGUGUGGCUGGAGAAUAGGGAUGGUGACCCCUUAGGAGUUUGAUCUUUAAUUUUUCAAUGUUUUGAUUUUUUGAAGUGAAUCAUGUGAAAAUAUGGACUUUUUUCAAAACUCUGUAAUGAAUUAGUAUCUUUUUUCAUAUAUUUCAAUUUUUUAAUGAAUGAGGAAGAAAAAUGCCAGUAUACAUGGUGGUGCAUUGUUGCUUACAACUUCUUUGCUGUGGUUGUGUCAUCAUCUCUGUUCUAGUUCUAGUUCUAGACCAUAGUCUGCAAACUUCCUUUAGGAAUGAAUAUCACGCAGACGGAGGAGGCGCAGCGUCUGGACUGUGUGAGAUGACAGCAACCUGCUCUGUACAGUGAAAAGGAAUCACAGGCUACGAUAACGUUUUACAACAUGAUACAUUUAGUAAUCUCCGAGCAGACCUACUGACCACACAACAGUAUCCAUGGAUCUAAAAAAUAUCCACCCUCACCACUAGAUCAGCUUGGAGAUUAUCCCAUCAUAAAACAUAUUCAUUGUCUUUAAUAGGUACACAACAAUGCUACAUGUAUUUAGGUAUUAUAAAACUGAAGUAUCCGACUAUGUUACACUUUCGUUGUCUUGUUUAUAGUAGCAUCGUCUCCUCUUUGUAGUCGGUGGUGAUCUUCAACAGUUGAAUUGAAAUCCAGUAACCCCAGGUGUGAUUGCUAUGAUAAAGCUUAGGUUUCCUUGACAAACCAUAAUGGAAGGAUCAAGCGGACGUCUUACAAGGAUGACCGUUAUGUCACAUUCCGUCUGAAAGCCGUUGUGUUACGGUUUCAACACUAAAGUUAAGGUAGACUUGUUUGAGCCGGAGUCAGACUCUUCACUUGCAUUGUUGAGUCGUGAAAGCUAUUGUCAAAUAUGGCCAAUGAAGUGUGAUUGGCGUACAUUGCAGCAAACGUAAACAUAAAGCAGCUCUAACGAUAUUUGUAAUGAUUGUUUUCAAAUAACGGUAAUCCAUGUUUUGUGACGUUAUUGUUGAAUACAUGUCUUUGAUUACAGACUCUAGUUGUCUGAUUUACUUGAGUUAGAGAGGCUACCGCAAGUUAAACGUAAAUUAAGGAACCAAUGUAGUUUUGCAAGCGAAUGUUUCCAGUGUUUACGAGUUGUUAGAAAGUAGCCACACAUGAUUCUACUGCAACAAGAUAUGUGUAGGGGAAGGGGGUUGUGCUGUGUGUCUAUAUGUCUGUCUGUGUUUCCAGAUAUUUCUGAUCAGCGUAAAUUUUUAACCUCUUGAUGUUGGGAAGACGAAGGUCAUUGUCAACUUUAAGCCCCUGUUGUGUAGUACUGAGAACUCCUCUUAUUUUUUAAAUCUUUUGACUUG